AGUUUACUUCCGCAGUCAAGGAAACGAGCGGAAGUAAACAGACUGCAGGAAUCUUGCACUGUGAAAGGUAACAGCUUCUCCGCAGCUCUGUAGCUAAUAUAAAAGUAUAAUUCACGCGUGUUACUACUUUGUGAUAAAGUUACAUGUCUGUAAUGUGGUUAAAAAAUCUAUUAUUUUGACAGAAUGGCGGACGAAGAAGAUGAGACCGGCUUCGACGAGGAGGUGGAGGACGGGUCCAGCGGAGUGGAUGUCGGCCACGGCAAGAGGAAGAGGCUCUUCUCCAAGGAGCUCCGUUGUAUGAUGUACGGAUUUGGUGACGACCAGAACCCCUACACUGAGUCUGUGGACAUUUUGGAGGACCUGGUGAUUGAGUUUAUCACAGAAAUGACCCACAAAGCGAUGUCUAUUGGGCGCCAGGGCCGCGUCCAGGUGGAGGACAUUGUUUUCCUGAUCCGUAAAGACCCCAGGAAGUUUGCCAGAGUCAAAGACCUUCUGACCAUGAACGAGGAGCUGAAGAGAGCCAGGAAAGCUUUUGACGAAGCAAAUUAUGGCUCAUAACCUGAUAGUUUGACCAAUUUUUAGUUUACUGUUUAAUUUUGUACGCGAAUGAUUUAUCACAAAUUCAUAUGCGCACAGAACUUGGCCAAACAAGUAUAGUUUACACCUUGAACUGGCAUUAAUUAUCUUGCAGAAAUACAAAUUGAAUCAAGCUACUUCACUUCUGCCAAGUUUGAUUGUUUUGUUAACCUAAGGAGGUCAUUUUUAUUUUAGGGCCAUAAUAAUUUCAGUCAUUUUUUUUUUUUUUAAAGAAAAUUAAACGUCAUCCUUCCCUACAACUUUGUCAUGACUAUCCAUUGUUGUUUUCUCAAUUGGAGAAAAGACAAAACAUGGGUCUUAAGUAAAAACUUCUGACUCUGUAAUGGUCCAACAAUUAGUAGACAAGUUGACUUAUUUAUGAAGAGGUAGCAUUAUGCUCUGUCAUAUUAUCAAAAUAAACAUAAAAUCAGAAUUUUCAGUUUAAUGUGAGCAAUGUUUCACAUCAUGAGGUAAAUGUGUUGGAGUAAUCUCAGGAUAAGACUGCAGGCUGCACUAGAUGGUGUGUUCAUAACAUCACACAAGAAUUACAGGGCUUGCGGAUGAACAUAAUACCCCCAUUUUUAAAGACAGCAGCCUACAGUUAAAGUUGAUGAUUACUAGUUAAGGAUGAUAACAAACUGCAUGAUGUUUGACCACAGGUGGGGAGAAAGUCAUAAAUUCCACAGUUUAAAAAACUUGCAUUCAAUCAUGUGUUGAAUAAAAGUAUUCCAGGUUUGA